AUGGUGCUCGUCCUAGUCAUUGGAGACCUCCACAUUCCUCAUCGGGCCAGUGAUCUUCCCGAACAAUUUAAAGCCCUACUCGUUCCUGGCAGAAUUCAACACAUUCUCUGCACUGGUAAUUUAUGUUCUAAAGAAACUUAUGAAUAUUUGAAAACUAUUGCUCCCGAUGUUCAUAUUGUGAAGGGAGAGUUCGAUGAAAAGAUUAAGGGCGUUCCUCCAGCUAAGGAAUUUGAGGUUGUGGAAAUUGGACAAGUUAAGAUUGGUCUCAUUCAUGGACAUCAAGUUGUGCCUUGGAAUGAUAAAGAGUCAUUGGCCAUGUGGCAAAGAAAGUUGGACGUGCAACUCUUAGUGUCUGGACAUACUCAUGAGCAUAAAACAUUUGAAUAUCAAGGAAAGUAUUUUGUAAACCCAGGAAGUGCAACUGGAGCUUUUUCUCCACUCACAGAGAAUGUGAUACCAACAUUUGUAUUGAUGGAUAUUCAAGGAUCGAAUGUUGUGAAUUAUAUUUAUCAAUUGGAAGAUGACGAAGUCAGAGUGAAAAAGAAGGAAUUCCAAAUUCAAUAA